CCGUCCCGCCCGGCUCGGGUCCUUUCGUUUUCCGGGCUCCGCUGAGAGAGCUGCCCUUCGCUGCCCGGUGUUUUGAGGCCAAGAUCCCGAGAGGGAUUUUUUGACCAGUAGGAGUAGGGUGGGCGCGUCAGUUGGUUAAUCGAGGUUGCAUUUGUAAUCCCUGAAACAGCCCAGUGAAAGCGGAAGAGUCCCCGGCCGCCUAAAGGUUGCAGUAGCGGGGAAACUUGUCGCCCGUUUGGCAAAGGUUGGGGCCCCGGCUCAGCCCAGACGGGAAGGGACGGCGCAGCUCGGAACCGGGGACGAGGCACGUCUGCAGUGGCAGCCUCUUCGGUGACCCACUUCCAGCCUCUGGACCCUACUUUGCAGCGCGCCAAUCCUCGGGCCUGGGGCCAAGGCUCUCCUUCCCUGCCUCCUAGACCCCCGCCCCCUUUUUAAAAAACUUAAAUUUUAUAAUAAUUUUAGAAUUACAGAGAGAUGAACAGAUAGCUUUUCCUAACUUUAAUAUCUUACAUCACCGUGAUACAUUUGUCAAAACUAAGAAAGUAACAUUGGCAUACUAUUAAUGAAAGGACAAGCUUUAUUCAGAUUUUACCAUUUUUUUUCCACUUAAUUUUUUUCUGUUCCGGGCUCCAAACCAGAAAACCACAUUGCAUUUAGCCUGCCUUGUUUUUAACUGGUGUUAAGAGCUGUAGUCUCCUCUGUCUUAUCCCUCUACCCCUUCCCUCAAGACAUGAACCACUUUUAAAAUCCAGGAAAUAUUUACUCUGUCUUGCAAUUUAGCAAGUAUUCAUUGGUAGUCUAUUACAUGCCAGUCUCUGUUUUAGGUAUUGGGUAUUCAGCAUUGAACCAGCUAAUCUUGAUAUCAUAUGGGAGCUAGAUGUAGUCCAUCGGGACCCAUAGGUUCUGUCUUGUGCUGCUUUGUAUUUCAGAUUAUUUUUUUAAUUUAAGGACAUGCCACUUAGAAUACUUUUUAAGUUGGUUGAAAGAUCAGUGUUUAAACUUUUCUGCCCCUUGCAACUUUCUCUAAAUUUUCCCAUAAACUUCCAAGUCCUAGGAUUACCUCUUGCAAUCUUCCAUUAUUGAUAAUUUUUUUCCUUAAAUUUAUUACUAUCCUGAGAAAAAUAUAGUAUACAAAGAAAUAGGGUUCAGCAGAAAUUUUUGGUGGUUACCUGCAACUAUGAAGCUAGGGAACUUGGAGUUAAGAAACUUAUGAAUGUCAGAGAUGCAAAAGAAAAGUGUCCACAGCUAGUGUUAGUUAAUGGAGAAGAUUUGACUCGUUACAGAGAGGUGUCAUAUAAGGUUACAGAGUUGUUGGAAGAAUUUAGUCCAGUUGUUGAGAGACUCGGAUUUGAUGAAAAUUUUGUGGAUCUAACAGAAAUGGUUGAGAAGAGACUAGAGCAGCUUCAAAGGGAUGAACCCUCAGCACUGACUGUGUCGGGUCAUGUAUACGGUAAUCAGCCUAUAAACCUGCAUGACAUCUUGCACAUCAGACUACUUAUUGGAUCUCAGAUUGCAGCUGAGAUGCGGGAAGCCAUGUAUAAUCAGUUGGGUCUCACAGGCUGUGCUGGAGUGGCUUCUAAUAAAUUAUUGGCAAAAUUAGUGUCUGGCAUCUUUAAACCAAAUCAGCAAACACUCUUACUACCUGAAAGUUCUCAAGAUCUCAUUCAUAGUUUGAACCACAUAAAGAAAAUGCCAGGUAUUGGCUAUAAAACUACCAAACGUCUGGAAGCACUGGGUAUCAGUAGUGUGCGUGAUCUUCAAACCUUUUCAUCCAAAAUAUUAGAAAGGGAAUUAGGAAUUUCAGUUGCUCAGCGUAUCCAGAAGCUCAGUUUUGGAGAGGAUAACUCUCCUGUGACCCCCUCAGGACCUCCUCAGUCCUUUAGUGAGGAAGAUUCAUUUAAAAAAUGUUCAUCAGAAGUUGAAGCUAAAAAUAAGAUUGAAGAGCUACUUGCUAGUCUUUUGAACAGAGUCUGCCAAGAUGGAAGGAAGCCACAUACAAUAAGAUUAAUAAUCCGUCGGUAUUCAUCUGAGAAGCACUAUAGCCGUGAGAGUCGUCAGUGCCCAAUUCCAUCCCACAUAAUUCAGAAGUUAGGGAUAGAUAUUAAAAGUAAAGACUCAGUUAGGAAUGCUUCCCAACUCCAGAAAAAACAAAACUAUGGAAAUUAUGAUGUGAUGACCCCAAUGGUUGAUGUACUUAUGAAACUUUUUCGAAAUAUGGUGAAUGUGAAGAUGCCAUUUCAUCUUACCCUUUUAAGUGUGUGCUUCUGCAACCUUAAAGCCCUAAAUACUGCUAAGAAAGGGACUAUUGAUUAUUAUUUAACACCAUCAUUAUCAACAACUUCACGCUCUGGCAAGCACAGUUUUAAAAUGAAAGACACUCAUAUGGAGGAUUUUUCUAAAGACAAGGAAACAAAUUGGGAUUUGCUACCAACUGGAAAAAUUGAAAGUACAAGAACUGGGGAGUCUCCAUCAGAUACUACAAGUUUUUCUAAAGAAAAAGACAGUAACGAAUUUCCACUUUCCUCACUUCCUGCGGGUAUUGACCAAGAGGUCUUUAAGCAGCUUCCAGUAGAUAUUCAAGAAGAAAUCCUUUCUGGAAAAUCUAGAGAAAAAGUUCAAGGGAAAGGAAGUUUGAGUUGUCCAUUGCGUGCUUCUAGAGGAGUAUUAUCUUUCUUUUCUACAAAACAAAUGCAAGAUGGUUCCUUAAAUCCUAGGGAUCAUUUAUCCAAUACCAAACAGAUAUCCUCUGUAUCUCCCUGUGAACCAGGAACAUCAGGUUUAAAUAGCAGUAGUUCCUCUUAUGUGUCUAGCCAAAAGGAUUAUUCACAUUAUAUAGACAGUAACUUAAAAGAUGAACUGAUGAGUCAAGGACCUAAAGAGUCUCAAGGAUUCCACUUUUCAAAAACAGACCCUGCUGUAUCUGUUUUCCAUUCAUUUCCAAAUGUGCAGAGUGAGCAACUUUUCUCCAAAAACUGCACUACAGACAGCCAUAAACAACCGAUGGCAACAGUCUUUAUUCAUGAAGGACUUACAGAAAAUAGAGAGCAAGAUUCUACCAAAGAGAAAAUUACUUUUCCUUCUGACAUUGAUCCUGAAGUUUUCUAUGAACUACCAGAAGAGGUACAAAAAGAACUGUUGGCUGAUUGGAAGAGAACAGGAUCAGAUUUCCACACUGUACAUAAAUAAGCAUGCUCAGAAAAAAGGGAAAGACGUUCUCAGAUUAACAGUUUAUUAAGCUCUUCUAAAUUAAACACUAAUACUUUCAAUAAUGUAGAAACACAAUAUAAAAUGUUCCAGAUAAAGCAAACAUAGUUAUGGGAAGUAAAUUCUGGCACAAAGCAUAAAAAUAUUCGUAACAGAAAUAAUGUAAAAUGUUACCUUCCUCUUAUUUCUAAAGCUAUUUUAUAUUGCUUUUCAAUAAAAAGAAUAUCAUGGUCAGCAUUAGUACAUUUUCCAUUCAUUGUGGAAACAUUGGGAGGAAGAUAUAUAUGACUAUAUAAAAAAUAGAGUGGCCAAAUCAUUGGUAUGCUGUACCAAAGAGCAGGUUUUUUCUAUGAACUAUGGAGUUGCUCAAGAAAUUCACCUCAUUAGGAAAUAGCUAUAAGAAAUUCUAUUGCCUGCUAAAAAUGUAUGUCUUUGACUGAAGUACUAUGUACCAUUUGAUAAGUUGAUUUAAAAAAAAUACCAAAGCAAUGUAUAUUCAAUUAAUGAUUCUUAGUAUACCUAGAACCUACCACAAUGCCUGGCACACAGAGGGUGCUCAGUAAGUACUGAACGAAUGAGUUGUGUGGCAGAGGCCCAGCAGGGAAUUGGUCUGGGGAGUGUAUUUGUUGUAAAGAACUAGAAGGAACUCUCCAUACAAGUUGAUUAAGGGAAGGAUGACACUAGAAAUUCAAAGUGAUAGGUCUUUAAGAAUGUCAGAUAAUGGAAGAAGUCCAUUUCCUCUGGCCAGUCUGUAGGGUCUAAAAACAAUGGAUUAGGUGUGUUUUAAUCUCUACAAUUUUGUAGAUGAAGAUUUGGAGAUGAGAUUAAGGAUAUCAUACACAGUGACUAAAUUGAUGGGUAUCCUAUUUCUCCCAUUGUUGUUGCGUUCCCCUUUUGCCUUCAAGAUUAAGAAUCAGAUAUAAGCUUGUGGACAUUUUAUAAUUUGUAGGACAUAGAGAAUGUUUCUAGAAGGCACCAAAGUGUGGGUCAGCAUUGGAUUGGAGUAGGUCUGUUCUCAAGUUUAUAUCCUUUCCAGAUAUAAGAAAGAAAGGAUGAUAAAAAUAAAGUGUACAAACAUGAAUAAAAGUUGUUUAAAAAUAUUUUCUUCCUGGUGAGGACUUUUAAUUAGUUUUAGAUUUCUUGACAUCUGAGAAUUCCCUAACAAGGAUUUUUAACAGGGAGUUGGGGUUAUCAAAAACAAUAACUUGGAGCAAGAAUGUCAGAAAUUAUUUACCAUGCAAAUAUUUAGUGCUUAGGAUCAAAGGCUAUAGAAUUUUCUACAUGCAGUAUUCUGGUAAGGUAGUUAAAAUUCAUAUGAAGGGAUAUAUUACUUUUUUGGAUAAUACAUUUUUACAAAGUUUCUAAUAAUCCUUGUAAUUGUUUCAGCCAGAAAUCAUUGGACAACUGAAAAGUUAGAAAAAAAAAAAAGGUUAAGAAAAGUAAAGUAAACAGUUUGGGACAGUUUAAAAAGAGAAAAUGAAGUAGUAAAAAGUACACUUUCUUAAGUGAGAAUGCAAGGGGUAUAUCACCGCUCUGCUAUUUAUUUAUUCUGUGGCCUUAAGUUGGUCUUUCAACAUCUUUGUGCCUCAGCGUCUGACUUUUUAGAUUAUCUUUUUAUCUCUAUCUACUUUUAAUAAAAUAAUCUCUUUUUUCUUUGGUGUUCUACAGGUUUACUGUAAUGUUUGGAGAUGUGAAUUUCUUUUUAUUUAUUCUUGGUGUAUGCUGGCUUUCUGUAUCUUUCAAUUCAUUUUAGUUCUAUUAAAUUUUUAGCCACUCUUCAAAUACUGCUGCUCUAUUCUUCUAGGACUCUGAUUGCACAAAUGAUGGACUUUCUUACUCUAUCAUGUCCUUUAAUCUUUCAUAUUUUUCAUCAUCUUGUUUGUGCUGCAUUUUGGUUAAUUUCAUCAGCUCUGUGUCUUAUUUAGUAAUUCAUUUUUCAGCAAUGUCUGAUCGAUUUAAAAACACUAAUGAUGGUUUUAAUAUCAGUAGUUAUAUUCUUCAUUUUAUUCUUUUUCUAAUCUUCCUGUUUAUUCAUUAUAGUCUCUUGUAACUCCAUUUCUAAUUUUAAAAUUUUCAUAAAUAUUUCUUAUUCUAUUUCUGAUCAUUUCAGUAUUUUAAGUCUUAUAAGUCUAAAUUUUUGUGUGUACCAUUGUGUACUAAAUACUGUUGUGUACUAUUUUGGCUUGUUUUCUUUAGUAUGUGGCUAAGCUAAAUCUGUGGGAAAACAAAGGACCUAAAUUGUGUAUACUUUCCUUCAGAUGUGAUUUUGCAUUUGCUUCCGGUGAGGCAGUACCAAACCCAUUGGCACCACUGUAGCCCCGGCAAGGUUCCUGACUGAAUGCAGUUUGUCUUUGUCUUAUUUUCAGCACUCAGACAAGUUUGCUUCUUGCCUGAUGCUUCCUGCUCCUUUCCUGCUUUUGUUUCAGCUCAAUUUUUUUUUCCCCUGUGUGAGUGUAGAGGGAUGGGACCUGGAAAUUUCUCUUAUAUAGCACAACCCAGCAAUGAACUAAAUCGUUUGUUUUCUUCAGAAUCUAGUGUUUUGUAUUGGGAGAACACUUAAGAGUAUCUAUCCCACCAUAGUGCAGAAGUGCAAGUCUGUUUGGAUUUACUUUUUCCAUCUUAUUUUGUGCUUUCUAUUUUUUUCUUUUUCUAUGCUAUGCUUCUUUCCCAUCCUUAUCCCUUUCCUGUCUUCCUUUUGGCCUGGUUGAAUUUUCUAUUUUCCUUCUACUGAUUUGAAAUUUAAACAUUCUAAGUUUUUCAUUAUCCUUAAAAAUUUAACAUACUUAACAUCUAAAAAUUGUAUAUAUCUGUACCCUCUUUCCAAACAACACAAAGAUGUUAAAAUAUAUUAAUUUUAAUCAAAUUCCUCUAGUUCUUUAUAUAACCUCCAAAUUGGAUAUUGUUAGUGUUUUAUAUAGUUAAUGUUUGGGUUUGCUCACAUGUUUAUCUUUGUUGGUGGGGGGGGGAGGCUCACCUUUUUUUCUUGUAUUGCAGAUGUUUCUUCAAAAUACGAUUAUUUUUACUUUCUGAAAUUAUGUCUUCAGAACUGUGGAUUUAGAAUUGACUUCUCGGGUUGUUUUAAAAUAUAUUUACUUUUAUCUUUGGAGGUCUGCAGUUUUUACUAUAUGUCAAAAUAUAUAUUUAUUUUUAUCAUGUUUGGGAUUUGGGUGCUUUCUGAAUCUGCAGAUUUAUGUCUUUCAUUGAAUCUGGAUUAAUAUCAAUAUUUUAAAAUUUCUAUUGUCAAAUAUGUGUAUAGGAAAGUACAUAAAUGAAUGGACAUGUUAAUGGGUAAUCAUAAGCGAAAACUAUGUAACAUCCAGGUCAAGAAAUAAAAUAUAUCAAGGGAUCA